UAGCAAUAAGUUACAGAGACAGAAGGAUCCGGCUACAAGAACAGCCCAUUGGCCAAUCAGCAGCGAGCAACGCGUCGGAAGCCGAGAUCUUCUUGUCACUUAGUCUACCGGAGGUACUGCGUAGGUUACGCAUGUGCCAAAAGAUACCUGGGCAGUACUUCUCACUAGGCGCGCAUGGUUGUUUUCUUACCGGCAAAGAUCCUAGCUCCGUCACUGCCCGUUCCCCAUUUCCGACCAGCUUUGUGUCCAGUUUGCAGUUGUCCUUUUUUUUUCAUUCGCCGUGGAAUACGUGUUCUCCCUCCCCUUUCAGUUCAUCUGGCAGAGCAAUCGCCGGUGCAUUCAAAGUUGUGCUUAACAAAACAAACGCCCAUCAUGCUUUCGAGACGACUUGUCACCGCGACACGGAUGGUGCGUGUUGGUACCCGCCAGGCGCGCAGUCCGUUGGUCACAUUGCCUGCGAUGAUGCAGACGGUUCGAACGUACGCCGAUAAGAUGGUCCAAGUGCCGCAGAUGGCAGAGUCGAUAUCGGAGGGUACAUUGAAGCAGUUCUCGAAAGGGGUUGGGGAUUUCGUAGAGCAAGACGAGGAGCUUGCCACGAUCGAGACUGACAAGAUUGAUGUCGCCGUCAAUGCCCCUGAGGCUGGCACCAUCAAAGAGAUUCUCGUCGCGGAAGAAGACACCGUGACAGUGGGACAAGAUAUCAUCCGCAUGGAACCAGGCGGCGCUCCAUCCGGCGGAGACAAGGACUCAGGGUCAAAGAAGGACGACCAAUCGGGCAAGGAUGCUAAGCCGAAAGACACAAGCGCGACCGAAACCUCUAAAUCCGCCGACAAGUCACAACAAACCGAGGCUGCGGCCAAGGAGAACUCCAAGCCUGCAGUCGACGAAAGCAAGCCCAAGGAGCAGUCACCAAAGAAAACGAAGCCCGAGGAAAAGCCAAGCGCUCCUCCUCAAACAGCUGCCACUCCAGGUGGUCGGGAGGAGAGAAGGGUCAAGAUGAACCGAAUGCGCCUUCGAAUUGCCGAGAGGCUCAAGCAGUCGCAGAACACGGCCGCGUCGUUGACAACAUUCAACGAGGUUGACAUGUCUAACAUCAUGGAGUUCCGCAAACUUUACAAGGAUGAGAUACUGAAGAAGACUGGCGUAAAGCUGGGCUUUAUGAGUGCAUUCUCCAAGGCAGCAGUACUGGCUAUGCGCGAUCUUCCUGCCAUCAAUGCAUCCAUUGAAGGGCCCAAUGGCGGUGAUACGAUUGUAUACCGGGACUAUGUUGACAUCAGCGUGGCGGUUGCGACUGAGAAGGGACUUGUGACCCCUGUCGUGCGUAAUGCUGAAUCCAUGGACAUGGUCGGCAUCGAGGAAGCCAUUGCAGAGAUGGGGAAAAAGGUAGCACCCGCUGAGUCCAUAGGCGAGCGACACUGUGCUAACUUGAAUCAGGCUCGCGACAACAAGCUGACCAUCGAAGACAUGGCAGGCGGUACUUUCACAAUCAGCAACGGCGGUGUGUUUGGCUCUUUGAUGGGCACGCCGAUCAUCAACCUGCCUCAAAGCGCGGUCCUAGGCUUGCAUGCUAUCAAGGAGCGACCCGUGGCCGUGAACGGGAAGGUCGAGAUCAGGCCAAUGAUGUACCUCGCGUUGACAUAUGACCACCGUUUGUUGGAUGGGCGCGAGGCUGUGCAGUUCCUGGUCAAGAUCAAGGAGUACAUCGAGGACCCGCGCAGAAUGCUUUUGUAACACUACCUAGUGUCCUGUUUAGUUUGUAAUAUAGAAGGUCUAAGAUACUAAGUAAGUAGUUUAUAUAUACCACUACUUCUACGUUCUAUAUUAUUAAUAUGGUUAAUAAAUAUUAAUAAAUAUUUUAAAAUAAUAUAA